AAGAAGUGUAUAGAUUAGAUUCCAAAGUAUGUACGUAUUUACAUAGGUAAAUAAAAGAUUUCUUUCCAAUUUUCACCGCUCUGUUGAUAAAUAAAUAAUAUUAUCGGUGACGGAUGAUGAUACCGAUAACGGAUAAAGAAGAUUCUGUUCCAUAAUUAGAUGAUCGACGAACAACAUCGUGCAAAGUAUCAAAGAUCAACCGUGGAACAGCUGUGAUACGUAUAUUAACAAAAUUAAAUCGUACGUUAAAAAGUGGAAAGCCUACUGUCUUCAAAAAUACUAUUCACUUGUCUCAUAACUGUACGCCUUUACAACUUGAAACUACAAGUUGAAAUAGAUAUUUUGCCUUUAGAAAGAAUAGUUGGUAAAAAUAGCUUUACUUAUCAGAAUUAAACCGCGCAAAAGAUAAGGUUAUAUCAUUCGAGAAAAUAGCAUGUUCUUUAAUUGUAACAUCGCUAAUUCAUGCGUCAAAGUGAAAAUUAGCUUUCGACUUGUAAAACACGUGAUUACGUAUAACGUAAUAUUAAAGAAGAUUGGAAUAAAAGUGAAGUUAACGAUAAUACAUGAUAAUAAAUAACGUAUCAAACUCCGAUAUGUACGAUAUGAUCGUAAGAUCUAAUCUUAUGCAGUUUCAUUGCACGCAAGAUGUCACGUGAAACGGUAAUAUGACAAAACACACUGUUAGCUGGAAUUGUUACUGCUAAAAUUAUUGGUGACAGUGACAGCAGUAAAUCAAGAGAGUAAUAAAUGCCACAUUGUUUUCAAGUGCUUUCUAUUAUGCAAAUUCCCACGAAAUUUCCUGAGGGCGGUGGUUUAGAUCCUGGCGGUUCAUCACCGCAACAGAAAGCUCGUAGGCUCUGCAACUCACAAUGCCGGCAAUGGCUAGCAUGUAUUUCCGCAACGCUAACCAUGGUCAUAGUCGGUACAGUCUAUGGAUGGACAACGACUUCACUUCUGCAUCUAACAUCUGGGACCGGCGGCGUGCCGCUAACGUUAACACACGACGAAUCUUCAUGGAUCGUUUCUUUAACAGUACUUGGCUCAAUGAUCGGUUCACUUGUGGGUGCCCAGUUUGCCGAUCGCUGCGGUCGUAAAUACUGCCUCCUUUUAUGCUGCUCAAUUUACAUCUUAGGCUGGUUGAUCAUCUACGCCGCAACUUCUGUACCAAGCCUAUACGUUGCUCGGGUGAUUCUCGGUGUAGGCGUUGGUAUUGCCUACACGAUAAAUCCCAUGUACGUGUCAGAAAUCGCCGACAUCAACAUCAGAGGCGCCGUAGGUACUCUAAUCUCAGUGAACGUAUUUACCGGGUCACUGCUAACCUGCACCUUAGGACUCUGGCUAACGUACAAGUCACUCCUGGCGGUUCUUGGAAUAAUAUCCUUUAUAUCCUUCUUGUCGAACAUGUGUUUCCCCGAAACUCCGUAUUUCUUGGCAGCAAAAGGUCGAAAGAAGGAAGCACAUAAGUCGUUAACAUAUUACAAAGGCAUCGCAGAUCCUCACGAAAUAAAAAUCGCAUUACGUGCUCUACGCCCACAAACCAGACGCAAAUUACAACCAAAAGCCAAAAGCGAUUUACCCUCACCCAGCGAUUUACCUAGCGAUUUUACGUCAUCAUCCAGAAAAUAUUUUACCUCACAAUCCGGAAGCGGUUUCCCCUCAUUAUCCUUACGCGAUCUACACCCAGACGUCACGUGGGAAGUAGAAGACACAGAACCCAUGUCCGAUUUACAUUUACCAUCCAGUAGCGAUUCACCAUCCAUAUCCGUAAUAUACUCACAAGUCGUUUGCGAUGUACACCCGCAACCCACAGGUGAAUUAUGCUUACAACCCUCGCGCGAGUCGCCCGAAUUACCCGUACAACCCUCGAGCGAGUUACACCUACCAUCCACAAGCGAAGGACACCCACCAUCUACAAGAGAAAUACAGCCAGAAUCCACAAGCGACAUACAGCCAGAAUCCAUAAGCGAAUUACAGCCAGAAACCAAAAGCGAAAUAUACACACGAACCAGAAGCGAUUUACGCACACAAUCCAGUGUGGAUUCAUGCGGAUCGAUUGAGUCCCAUGAGGUAUACGUAGAAGUAACUAAACAAACCUGGAUAAACAAGCUACGAGUACUACUACGGCGAAGCAACAGGAAAGCUCUGUUUAUCAUGCUUGGCAUGAUCAUGGCACAACAACUUAGCGGAAACUUCGUCACUAUGCAGUAUCUGGAGGUGUUGUUUAGCAACACAAAGAUCGGUAUCAAACCAAACGUAGCGACGGUUUUGAUUCUGGCUGUCGGCUUUAUAUCUGGCAGUUUAUCCACCUUAACAGUGGAAUUUCUUGGAAGAAGAACACUUUUGAUUCUGUCUACGCUUGGGUCGUGUUUUACACUGAGUAUUCUAGCAACAUAUCUUUUGUUAGAUCAACAUAAGUUUGACGUGUCCAUUGUCUCUAGUCUUCCCAUUAUCGACCUAGUUAUAUAUCAAUUAAUGUUUCAAAUUGGUUUAGGUACGAUACCCAAUGUUCUUCUAUGCGAGUUAUUUCCUACGGAACUAAAAGGCUUUGUUGGUGCCAUUAUUGUGAUUUUCGAUGGUAUAAUUGGUUUUACCGUGUCGAAACUGUAUCAAGUGAUUACCGAUAAUGUGGGAUCGUAUUCCAUUUACUUUAUCUUCGCGACAUCGUGCUCUUUUGCAUUUCUCAUGGUGUACAUAUGGAUACCGGAAACAAAAGGAAAAACAUAUCACGAGAUUGAAGCGCUUCUAGUUGGUAAAAAUUUCUAUUCCUCGAAUGAAGAAGUUAGAAACGAUAGAAGGGAUAUUCAUAGAUCAUGACAGGAAAAAUUGUACCGUACGCCGUGGCACGGUGUCUAUACAUUCGGAAUAUUUUAUUUCUCAUUUUUAUCAGUAUAACGACAAAGAUUUACAAAUUUAUCACGAUAUGCAAUUUUUGUAGUAACGUAGUUUUAUUCGUUUGUACGUGUAAUUUUAGAAAUGUGUCUAACAAAGGUGAUGGUCAUUUACAAACAUGUGUAUCGUAUAAAUUGACUUGCAUUGAACUUAGAAGAAUACAUGUUCUCAAACUAAAAUUUUUAUUCAUUUCAUAGCACGAAAAAUGUAAUAAUAUCAAUUAACUCGAGAUAAUUGAACAACAGUUUGCAAAAGUAAGAAAAGUAAUAUACUAAAGAAUGACAAGAUGACAUAAUACUGACAAGAACAAUUUUUUAUAUCUCAGCUGUUAUCUAUGCUGUUAUUUUUUGUUUGCAAUAUAUAACAUAUGUAUAUUACGUAUAGAUAUGUUUAUAUUGUUACAAUAAACAGCAAGUAUGCUGAAAAAGUCAGUAUUUAUGCUAAAAAUAAUGUAAUAGAAUUAACAUAACACAUUGCUAAUAAGUACUUGUAUUACAUUGUGUUUGUUGCUGAAAAGCAUAUGUAUUUACAUAUAUAACUAUAUAUAUGUGUAAGACACGGUCUUUUCGGUGUUAUAGUAUAGUUAUUACUGAAAAAUAUUUGUAUAUGUAUAGUAUAGUAAUUACUGUAUCAUAACAUUUAUCAGUGAUACAUAUCUAGCCUCGUCUAGCAGGAAUUCUAUCGAACUGUCAAAUGGUAUUUUUUGUAAAUUAUGGCUAUAAUAAUAGUGUUCACUUCAGAAAUUUAUAAUAUUUCCUGAUUUUAAUAUACGAUAAUUAUUUAAUAUACGAUAAUUUACGCGAAAAAUUAAAUAUCGUUAAUUUUAUAAAGUUUUAUGUAUCAACAAUUAUGUAUUUAUUGUAUAUCUUUUAAACAAAUAUCUUCCUUAUUAAAAAGCUACAAGAAACAUGGAUUAUCUAUAUAUAAAAGCACAAAUAAGAUUUGGAAUGUUCUAUUUCAUUUAAGUUUUAUUCCAAACGAAUUUAUUACAGACACCCCUAUUAGAAAUUAAUUAAAGGAGUCCGAAAGAAGACAA